AUGGAAGGAAGUCCCUUCAACCGGAGCGCGCUCAAGCAGGGCAGCCCUCCGCCCACGCCCUCGCAGCGCGCGCCCCCCGCCGCCCCCGCCGCCCCCGUCAUGGAUCCACUCGAAGUGGUGGCCACUUCAGAACUCCAGAACUGGAUGAAGAGCAUCGAGCAGUGCCUGAAUGAGGUGUGCAUAAUCUCAUCGGAAGGAAAACUCAACACUGACCAGAAACUGAGGAUAAGCAACCUGUGCAGAAGGGUGAGCCAUGGAACGUCUCAAAUGGCCGUGCAAUACCAGUCGCUGAAGCAAAAAGCUAUUCAAGCUCAUAGUAACGUACAGGCCCUCAAGGAAAACCAAGACCUUUCACAGCAAGUUCAAGACCUCAAAAACAUAAUUGAAGUGACCUCUAAACCAAUCUCGGGAGCAGUCUCCUUUGCUGACAUGGUUAAAAAAAGCCCUGACAAUUUUAUUCAGCCCAAAAAUGUAAGUUCAGUGGCGAUUUACCCCGCCGAUAAAAUGAAGUACUUCAAAAAGCCCAACAAUCACAAGACAGGUGACGCUGAAUGCCCUGCUAAAAAACUUGCAGAAACAAGAUACAUUAACUCCAUAGAUUAUGAAGGCGCUUAAGGGCUACCUGCGAGUUAUUUGUGUUAUAGUUAUUAUUUAUUAUUAGAUAGGUAGGUUAAUUUCUGACUUAGAUAAUGUAUUCAAUUUAGUUCCAUAUAUAAUAUUAGUAAAUAACCGCAAAAUUGCCGAUCACAGACUGUUCUACUAACCUUAAAACCGAAAUCAUUGUACUCGUAAAUUAUUAUUUUUGUUGACACAGACACCUGCAUGCCGUAUGUAAUAGAAAACGCUAAGUAAGCAAUAUUAAGUAGCAC